UGAACGUUUUGGCAAAGUAAUAUGAGGUUUAUUACAGUCAACCAAUACAAAUUGUACAAUUGAAUCUCCAUUAUGAUCUAUUUUAGGCCUAUGCGCAGUCAUUGUGAAACUGAACUUGCUUGACAGAGCGCCCCAUAUCCCCUAGUCAAACGUCCCAUCACAAAGUUAGAGCAAGUUGAAAACCGAGAGCUCCACCCAUCCAUCCCAUGUAGGCUAGUGCUUCAUCCGAACAGUCCACCAAAUUGAAUUCUUCCGCUGUCAGACGCGCUGUGGGAAUGAAUUAAACUGCCAAGGGACUACUGCAAGGACUAUUUUAUCACCAUACAUUGUUCUGGGCGAUUUACCAAGAUAUGGAAGGGCCAAAUCGUCACCAAUAAACGUGGGAACUGUAGGCAAUAGCGUUAGAUAGGUUGGAGGUUCGAUCGAAAAAGUGUGUGAGUUGGUAACAUAGACGAGAUGUACUCACAGUAUUGGAAUACGGCUCGAGGACGCAAACCAGACUACAGGAGAUAUACGGUUGUUGAGGGAGAGACCCUGAUAUCUCUGGGAGUCAAUGCAAGGAGGAGGCUUCACUCGGCGCCGGUGGAGGAAGUCGAAUGCGGCGGCCGGCCAAACCCUGAGGGCGCCGGGUCAGUGUCUGUGACGGAGUUGAGUCACUACGGGGAAAAGGGAGAAGGCGAGGGGCCCUUGUGCCAACGAUGCCAGAUCAUCGCUACAGAGCUGAACAGGCAAGCGCUUGCUUUGGCCGAUCCUGCGUCCCUGAAGGACCCGGGCUUCGCCGUGUUCCUGUUUGACAAGCUCCAGCACCUCCAGUGUCCACAUAGGGGCCCGUAUGCUAGAGAGGACAGCACCUGCCAGGUCUGUGGCACUGCCCUUCACCAACUGAGACGCCUGGCCCUGCAGAAAGCCUUGGGCCUCACCGGAGACAUGCCCGACCUGCAUCCUGGAGCCUUCUCCUCAGGGCUGACCCCCAGCCCUGCCGCCCACAGCGUGGUCACCCUACCCUGCCAGGACUGGUCCAUGGAGGACUCGCCAGCCAAGCAGCCACCCAGGUUCUAUGAUCAGAUUCCUGGGGAAAGGUUCAGGGGGGGACUCCAGGGUUGGGGUGGGAUCCAGAGCAGCUACAUGGGAGGGUCCAAGUCCACGGUGACUCCUAUACCACAGCACUUUCUGGAGGGAGUGUGGAGAGUCUCUCGUGUCAGGAGGGAUCAUCAUCCUCAUUCUGCUGUGACACCAGGCUUGGCUCCUGAUCCAUACAGGAACUACAUGCCCAUUGCCCCUGGGAGCCCCAUCUACGACUAUGCCACCAUCACUCCUACCGUCCCCCAGCCCCAGCCCACCCCCACCCAAACCAGCCACACACCCUCCGCUGCAGCCUCGUUCUUCAUCAGCAUCGUUCACGCCCUCUUAAGCCUCAGCCCCACCCAUCUCGAAAGGGUUCACAUGUAA